GGGGUCGAGGCGGGGGCGUUGCCGGGUGAUGGGACAGCUGCCGCCACGCGCCUCUGUCGCGACAGAAGGCGGGAGGGGAGGGGAGGGGCGGCCCCGGGCUCUACGGGAGGGUGGCCCCAGCUCUGUGAGGCGGCCCAGGGUAGCGGGCCCAGCGCCUUCCCAGCUGCUGUUGUGCAGCAGCUGCCGCUGCCCGCGCUCCCUGACCGGGCAUCGGAACGGCGCGGCCAUGCGGCCGGUGGGCUGAGGGACGUCGGGACCUUCCCGCUAUGGGUGGCUGAGGCGGCGACGCCGGGCGGGUGCUUCGGCAGCGAUACCCGGAGAAGGAUGUAGAUGACCAAGAGGUGUUUUCCCCUUCAGGCUCGGGAUUAAAUCUCUCCAUCACAGACCCAGACAUUUCUCUGAGGAAAUGGAUGCAUCUUCCCCAAAGUAUCCAGUCAAAAAGCGAGUGAAAAUUCAUCCCAACAUGGUAACAGUGAAAUAUACUUCUCAUUAUCCCCAGCCAGGAGAAGAGGGAUUUGAUGAUGGUAAUAAAGAUACAGGAGUAUUUCUGGAGGAUAAUCCUAAGAAAAGACUACUGAAUGAUGGGACAAAGAGAGAAAGGAGAGAAAGGAGCUUUUUUGGCACAACAGACACCAAGUUUCAGCCAGUGCAACUGCCAAAACCUGACAAGAUGGGGCAAUCCCAGCAUUUUUCUGACAGAAAUCUCCUGCAGUCAAGGAAAACGUGGGUCGUCCUUUUUGGAUCUGCUGUUGCUCAUGGCUGCGUGGCUCUGAUUACAAGAUUAAUUUCUGAUCGAUCCAAAGUGCCAUCCCUGGAGUUAAUUUUCAUCCGUUCAGUCUUACAGGUCCUGUCCAUAGCUGUGGUGUGUCACUACCAUGAGCCUCCCUUUGGCCCCAAGGGCUACAGACUCCGGCUCUUCUUCUAUGGAGUCUGCAAUGUUGUCUCUAUCACCUGUGCUUACACCUCCUUCUCCAUCGUGCCCCCCAGCAAUGGUACCAUUAUGUGGAGGGCUACCACCACAGUGUUCAGUGCCAUUUUGGCUUUUUUAUUGCUAGAUGAAGGCAUGGCUUAUGUAGACAUAAUCACUGUAAUUGGCAGUGUGUUUGGUGUUUGUCUGGUCAUGAUCCCCAACAUCGUUAAGGAGGAAAACUCUUUGCUGAGCACCUGGAAGGAAGCUUUUGGCUAUACCAUGACUGUUAUGGCAGGUUUGACCACUGCUCUCUCCAUGAUAGUCUACAGAUCAAUCAAAGAUAACAUCAGCAUGUGGACAGCACUGUUCACCUUCAGCUGGACAGGAACGGUGUGGGGAGCAUCCACCAUGUUCUUCAUUCAAGAGCCCAUCAUCCCACUGGAUGGAGAAACCUGGAGUUAUCUCUUUGCCAUCUGUCUCUGCUCCACAGCAGCCUUCCUAGGGGUCUACUAUGCCCUGAGCAAGUUCCACCCUGCUUUGGUCAGCACUGUGCAGCACCUGGAGGUUGUCAUUGCCAUGGUCCUACAGCUCCUCGUGUUGCGGAUCUUCCCAGGUGCUUACGAUCUCAUUGGGGGAGCAGUUAUCUUGGUUAGUGUUUUUUUCCUGGCUUGUUAUAAGCUAUCAUGGAAGAGUUUAGGAAGACAAGAUUACCAGGAGAUUGUGGAUUCUGCCAUUAAAUGAAUCGUGGGUUUGCCCUCCAAUUCUGUCUGUGGGACCAGGUGAAAGGAACAGUGUUUCAGCUCUGUGGUGGUGUUAGCAUAGUGGCCAGGUCCUCUCUACUGUUUAAAUUCACAGCUAAUGUAGCAGUGUUGGCAUUUCCAGACAUCCAUGACCAGUGAACUUGUUCUGCGUACAACCACUUAUGUUUUGUCCCAUGAGAAAAGUAUGGAAGUAGGAAAAGGAACAGCAAAACCAUUUAAAGUGGUCACCAGCCUUCAUGUCCUCUGUACCACCUCUUAUGCUUUGGCUGUAAUCUUCUAAAUGAAGCAAUGCUCAUAUUCCUGUGAUUGAGACUUGCCUUUCCUGUGUGUAUAAAGGAUAAGUCAGUAAAGCUUUUUGUGUUUUGUG